AUUUCAGCUGAUCAAAUGUAUUGCUUUACAAGGUUACACGAGCUGCGUUCUUCUCGUCAAAGCGGUAGCUCAGAACUACGCUUUCUUCUGGCGAAGACGGUGUUAACAUAUCUCGUCAAACGCUCCUCUGCUCAGUUCGAACUUCGAAGCAUGGAUUCGAGCCGUGAGGAAAUGGAGCAGCGGCGGCGGUGGCCGGAGCGACAGCACCUCGCGCGCCUCUGCGACCUCGUCGCCGUCAACCUCCUCUCCCACCUCGAACCGGCGCGGCGGCCGCAGCUGUCACGGGAGGACGAGCGGGGCGUCCUCCUCGCGCUUUCCCGGGUAAAUAGGGCUAUUCGAAGAUGGGACGAGGAGGAGGAGGAGGAGCAAGGGUGCGAAUCGGAUCAGGAGGCUGUUUCGUGUUCUGAAGAAGCUCACAGUUGCUGUUUACCACCUGACCAGCUUUUUGAUGAUGGCUUUAGCUGCCUGGCCAAUAUUGUCUCCAUAUUGGUUGGCUUACAACGUUUCUGUAGUGAUUACGUUAAACACUCUGCUGGGAGUAUCUUGAUUGCGAUCUCUAAUUCCCUAAUGAAGUUUGAAGCUGUUUGGGUUCCGUUUGUCGAGCUGGUCUGGGCAGCUACACAUGCAGUAUCAACAUGUGCUGAUAAUUAUGUACCUUGUACAAUUGAUGUCACCAGUUGUUCCGGAAAAGGCUCCAUUUGUUAUUCCUCUGAUGUGGAAAGCAUAAGGCAUGACAUAACGACUGCAAGCACCAGUAUCACAAGCUUCAUGGCAGUUCUUAAGCUACGAUGUCUCAAUACCAGUUUACAGAUAAUGGCUAACCUCUUUCGAGUACUACACGCUAUUCUGAAGAUCCUGAAACUCAACGACUCUGAAUUGAAAGAUGACUUUAUUUGCCGGUCCAUUCAUCAUAUUCACAAGUUACAUGGGGAUCCUUGUUACCAGCCCAAUGCAGAAGAACUUGUAAGCCUUGUCAAGGUUGACAGACAUAAUUUGAGUAAAGAUUCUGAACAGUUCGGAAUUGUGUCAGGUAGUCUCCUCCAACUCUUGUGCUCUAUAGUUGAGCAAAGGGACAUGGAAGACACGGACCACCGAGAUAUGCUUGUGAAGCUUGUAGAUGUCAUACCUAGAUUAGCGUCUUUCUUACAAGAGCAAAAGGAUAUCCCAAAAAGUCUCUCUCAAUAUUCAAAGCACAAAAUUCUGAUGCUAAUGAUAAGGCUUAAGCCUCACAUGCAGCAGAAUUGCUCACACAUUGUUUGUUGGCUGAAAUUACUUCGACACCACUUUCAGGAUCUCCUUCAUGAACCUAUGUCCCAACAUAUUACUAAACUGGAGAACUGUUUAGAAGGAUCCCCAUUUUUGUUGAGUGUUGUAGGUUUGGGCGUGCUUCAGGAUAAAUCGACUCGGCACUUACAAAGGCAGGCUUUGUAUUUGUUCCUUAGUUGUUGUAUAUUCUUGGCUUGCAGUGGAAAUGAUAGUCGACCGCAAUGUUCAUGUAAGAGAGAUGAAUUUUGUCACAAUGUGCAAGGCUGCACUGACCAUUGCAACUGUUUUGGAUUAUCAGAAAUUUCAGACUGGUUUCAUAGAUAUUGCUUAGACAAGAUUUUCGACUCGAAUUCAUCAGCAGAUAUUGUUCUAUGUUUUCUGCAGCUAUAUAUGGAGGAGGACGAUAUGCUGUUCAUCAUUCUCUUAAAGCUUUUGGAUGCUCCAGUCAUUUCUUUGGAAAUAGAGAGUAUGGAAACUAAAUGGACUUCUGAACUGAUUGGUGCCAAACUGUUCUCCAUCAUCUUUGACCCAGUUCAUAUUUUCCAUGUAUUGCUUUCAGUGCUGCACUAUGAUCACUUGUUACUUGUUGAUUAUCUCAUAUCUAAAGAUGUAGGUGUAUAUUGUGCUCAGUAUCUAUUGAGGUGCUUACGACUGGUAUCCCAGUGUUGGGAUGCUUUUGUUGAUGAUUCAGUUUACGAGGCAAAAAUACAAAAACUCAAUUGUAAAAGGCGAAGAUCUUUGAAAGAUAUAAAUAGUAUCAGGGAUAGCUCAACUGAAGGCACUAAGUUAGGUUCCUCUUGUGAUAAGGAGAGUAAGAGCAAACAACAGCUUUUCCAAAGUGCUAAAGUAUGUGUUCUUUCGUUAAAGAGAACACUGGAAGAUCUUCAUAAAAAGGAUUUAUUCCCUUACGACCCAAAGCCUCUCCUUAGAAGGUUAGCCAGAUUUCAGGAGCUCUGUGAGCAGUGCUGAAAUAAUAAAGUUGUGCCUAGUGAGAUGCUACCACCAAAUCAAGAAUCAGUGCAGGAUGCAAUCAACAAAAAUGAUACUGGGAAUUCAAAGGGUAUACCAUUGCCUCUUUACCCCGCAACAGGUUUCCUCAUAAACCUAGUACAUAUACUGUAUGAUGAGCAGUGGCAUCUUUAUACUCCAUCCGUCCAUUCGUCACAAGCGACUGUGCGAGGUCCAAAGAUUGACAUCUCUGCUGAACCUUGUCCUAAUAAACUCAUAGGGGAUUCUCCAUCUGUAAAAGGUGAUAGCAAGCAACCACUCAGAUGUUCAUCCUGCAGCACUGGACUGUCAUGACUCUAUCGGAGUAGACUGUACUACUUCGUUAGCUCUACUUCUUGCCAGUAACUUAUGCCAGGAACCUUUUAGCGCUGGCUAGUUGGUACUAACUCCGUGAUCCAAAAUAAGUGACGUGGGUUUGAACUAGGCUUGAACUAGGUUUAGUUCAAGACUGAGACACUUAUUUUGGGUCGGAUGGAGUAUUGUUUUAUAUUGUUAUGUGCCCUUUUUGUCAGAGCUGUUCUGCUUAAUGCAGAGUAAGCUCUUCAGUUUGGCAUGUAUGAACUGAUUUCAGCCUAUUGCUUAGCUAUAGUCAAAUUUCAUUUAGCUGAAGUUAAAUGAAAUUGUAGUGUGUUUAGGACAGUGCAGUGAUCAUUGAUCAUGAACUAGAAGACAUCAGGGUUAAGAAUUAUAAGAUCUUCACAUUACUAUUAUACCCUUAUGUUUAGGGUACACCUCAGCUUUUGUACGUGGUACUCCUUUGUGGUUAUAUCAGAAUACCAUGCAAUAGUGUCUGUUA